AUGCAGCGCGAGUGCAAGUGGGACGGCGGCUUUGCCGCUUUCCCCUUGGUCUGGGGUGGGCUACCAGUACAAGAAGAGGGCGAACCUGGUUCCAUGCAGACUCGCCAGCGGUAUACCUUGCGAAAGCUGCGGUUCUCGGCCACUCAUGCAAAGAAGGACGACUCGCGUCUCUCAUCCAGCCCCUGGUGCAGGGAAAUCUACGGCUGCGCCAAAGUGAAUCCUAUGGAAACCACGUACAAGAGACAUGCAGAGGACAAUGCGACGCGGCUUAGUCACAGUCGCGUCUGUGGCGCGAAGUCGCGGAGUAUGUCGCGGCGCAUGGACGCGUUCUUUCAACGGCGCUACCUCAUCCUGUACCACAACACCCUUCGUAGCCUACCACUCGAACCACGUUCAUCCCGCUUUUACCCCAUCUACCACCCCAUCUACAAUAGCAACAUAAACGCCACAAUGUUCAACAACAUCGUCGACGACGCCUUAUCCCAGACCGGGGUCUCCGCUCCGAGGCCACUCAACGACUCCGUCAACGCGCCCCACGCGCCUGCCCGGUCGCCCCUUCCGCGCGGAUCUGAGAACCGCGUUCCGCCCUCGCGAUCGCCGUCGAAGCGCGGUUGGGACGACCACACCGAGGAGGCGCGGAUCCUCGCGGACUGGGGCAUCGAGGACCCAGACGAAGACGAGCAACUGGACCUCUACAACAGCAUCAGCCUCGAGUCUGAUGACGUAGAGGAAGAGGACGCCCGCGGUGCUUGGUUGGACCACGGGUACGGGGAUUUGGAGGACUUUGGAGAGUCUGCGGAGGAGGCGACCGCCUCUCACGACGACGGCGAGUACUCUCCGUUCGAUCCGUCCGAGGUGUACGCCGGGCCUACGGCUGGGGAGCUGGAUACCGCGCACGCUAUGACUGACGCGGACGACGAUGGGGACGACAUGGGAUAUUCCGAGGAGGAUAUCGCGCGGGACGACUCUUCCGAGGACGAUAGCGAGAGUGUCCAGGAAGAAUCCGAUGCCUCUGAGCAAGACAUGGAUUCCUCCGAGUGCGAUAUCGAAUCCGAGGUCGAUAUUGACUCUGUGGCAAACGUUGACAACUCAUCCGAGGUUGGCGACGACGAUGGCUCCGAAGUAAACGACUAUGCGGCUGCCGACAGACACUGGACCGAGGCCGGCGUAAGCCCUGGCGACGAGUCCACGGAAGAGGUGAUCCCCAUACCCGCACCCGCGACAUCUCCUGCAUUGCGGCGCUCAUCACGUCUUCGCACUGUCAAACGCGGGCGUGAAUACGAGCGCGAGGAUACACCGGAACUCCCACCAGCUAAGCGCCGCAAGCCUACGCAUGCGCCCCGUGUACGUGGAUCGCGUUCCCAGUCCAAUGCAACCCCUGCGAAGGGCUCCGUGAAGACCAGUGGGAAGGGCAAACAGCGCCAGGCACGAUCGGAGUCCCCCGUAGCUGGCCCUUCUACCUUACCAGCGAAGACGGGCGGCACGCGCGGUCCGCGCAUUCAGAACACGUUCCUGCUCGACCACUGCAUGGUAAGCAAGCUGAAGACCGUCGAGUGCGGGUUCGCCGGGUGCAAGCAUGUCCUCGUCCCGACACAGGCUAGGGCCGCGCGGAAGCACCUCCGAGCGCACCACACCCGCGCUCAGCUCGGGGCAACGCAGGUGCAGUGCCUCUGGCAUGGAUGUCCCGUCACGGUCAGCAGCGGAGAGCUGACGCGGCACUACGACGCCAAGCACCUCGAGCUAUGGUAUGGGUGCCCGGGGAAGUGCAAGGACGCGGAGGGCAAGCCGCGCGAGUAUCAACGGAUAGACCAACUCUCUCGUCACGAGUUGGACAAUCCGUGUGACUACCUGAAGGCGAACCCUAUUCCGCGCGGGAAGAUGUCUACGAAGUCGCAGAAGCGGUGA